CUUGCGCCGUAGCGCUUCCGAGGGGGCGGGGCUGCUCUUGUCUGUCGGUCGGUGCUCGCUCGCUCGCCUCUCGUCGUCCGCCUGGAGGGAAAGAAGAAGAAGAAGAAGAAGCCCGGAAAGAUGCAGCGGAUGAAGGUGGUUCUCGGGCACCUGGGCGGCGGCGGCGGCCAGCCCAGGACGAGCCCCUGCCUGGGCCUCUCCGGAAGCCCCCGCUCGGUGGCGGUGGGCAACCCGGAGGACGUGGUGGUGGUGCACGGGCGGAGGACCCCCAUCGGGAAGAGCAAGCGCGGCGGCCUCAAGGAUACUACACCUGAUGAACUUCUUGCUGCAGUCAUGACAGCAGUCCUCAAGGAUCUCAACCUGAGCCCUGAGAAGCUGGGGGAUAUCUGUGUGGGAAAUGUACUGCAACCUGGCGCUGGAGCACUAACAGCAAGAAUUGGACAGUUUCUAAGUGGCAUUCCAGAGACAGUACCAAUAUCCUGUGUUAACAGGCAGUGUUCAUCGGGGUUACAAGCUGUUAUCAAUAUAGCUGGUGGCAUCAGAAAUGGAUCUUAUGACAUUGGCUUGGCCUGCGGAGUAGAAAGCAUGUCUCUGCGCAGUGUUGGCGAUCCUGGGGAUCUCAGCUCUCGUAUGGUGGACAAUAGCAAAGCCAGAGACUGUCUUAUUCCAAUGGGAAUAACAUCUGAGAACGUGGCAGAAAGAUUUGGGGUGUCUCGGAAAAAGCAAGAUGCCUUUGCAUUGGCUUCCCAGCAAAAAGCAGCUCGAGCCCAACAGAUGGGGUGGUUUAAAAAUGAGAUUGUUCCCGUAACCACCACCUUCACUGAUGACCAGGGCAAUGAGAAGAAGAUCACUGUCCUCCAGGAUGAAGGGAUCAGACCAAGCACCACACUGGAGGGCUUGGCCAAGCUGAAGCCGGCCUUCAAGGAAAACGGAACCACGACUGCUGGAAAUUCCAGCCAAGUUAGUGAUGGUGCUGCUGCAGUUCUCUUGGCUAAACGCUCAAAAGCAUCACAGUUGCACCUUCCUGUCCUUGGGGUACUUAAAUCGUAUGCUGUUGUUGGAGUCCCACCUGAUGUAAUGGGCAUAGGGCCAGCCUAUGCCAUUCCAGUGGCACUGGAGAAGGCUGGUUUGACUGUGAAUGAUAUUGAUAUAUUUGAAAUCAACGAAGCCUUUGCUAGUCAGGCUGUCUACUGUGUGGAGAAGCUGGGCAUCCCCCUGGAGAAGGUCAACCCUCUUGGGGGUGCCAUUGCUUUGGGGCACCCGCUGGGCUGCACUGGAGCUCGGCAGGUUGUCACACUGCUCCAUGAGCUGCAGCGACGAGGGAAAAGAGGUUAUGGUGUGGUCUCCAUGUGCAUUGGAACAGGCAUGGGAGCUGCUGCAGUGUUUGAGUAUCCAGGGAACUGAAAUCCAGGCCUGUUUGAGACAAGCCAGUGUCUUAAUGCCUAGAAUUUUCCAGCACCGGUGAAUGGUUGAACAGUCCCAGUGCAAAUAGCUUCAUGAAUCAAGUCUAAUGAAAAGAUGCUCAAUGUUCAGUCUGUAGGUGGGGGAACAUCUUGGAGCUCUACUUCCACCCUCUGCUGUUUGCAGCUUUCCAGCCACAGAUCUGCCUUCACCUGAGAUGCCGGCACAGUAGUGUGCACUUUGUCUCUUGGUGCACCUAGCAUUGGACUUCCAGGAAAGAUGCACCUGUCCUAGUGUUGUGAAUUGGGAGAGACUCUUGGUUCAGAAUCAGUUGAGAGUCACCUUUAUCUGAGGGAAACUUCUCUUAGGCACAGAUGCAUAAAGGCACUAACUUACACUUGGGAGUGGGAUGCAGUAAACGGGGGCUACUAAAUCUAUGCAAGAAAAAAUCUAAAAUAUAGUGACUUGGCUGAGGAAAAGCCAAGUUGUACAAGAAGAACUGUACCAGUCGAAGAAAAGGGUUGUGGGUUUGCUUUGCUUAGAGGUGUUAACAGAAUAACUUUUGAGAACAGCGGCUUAAUCAUCUGUCUCGGAAGUAAUCCAGUUCAAGACCAGCCUUCCCAUUCAUGUUCUGGGACUCAACAUUCCAUAUGUAAAGCAGCUGAGAAGAUGCCAGUCGGAAGUGCUUCCCUGCCUGAUUACUAGGCUGAACUCCUGAUUAUUAGUUGACUGGCCAUUUUUAAAUUUGCCUUUGAACCAAUUGAUUAAACUUAAAUUGGCAAAACUUC